AUGCCGCUGGCCAAAAACGAGUAUAUGAGCGACAUCUGGAAGGAUGGCCUCUUCAACAACAAGGUCGUCUUCUGCACUGGCGGUGCAGGCACCAUCUGUAGCGCCCAGGUUCGCGCGAUGAUUCACCUCGGCGCCAACGCCUGUAUCAUCGGCCGCAAUGUCGAAAAGACCGAAAGUGCGGCGCGGGAUAUGGCCACCCUCCGCCCGGGCGCAAAGGUCAUCGGCAUCGGCGCCGUCGAUGUGCGCAAGUUUGACGAUUUGAAGGCAGCCGCCGAUCGCUGUGCUAAGGAACUCGGUUCAAUUGACUUUGUCAUUGCCGGUGCCGCGGGCAAUUUCCUCGCCUCCAUCGAGCAGCUCUCCGUCAAUGCAUUCAAGACGGUCAUGGACAUUGAUGUUCUAGGCUCUUACAACACCCUGAAAGCUACCCUGCCCUAUCUGAUGGAGUCAGGUGGAAAGCACAGAAUGGACUCCGAGACACUUACCCCACACCCCGGAGGCACCGGUGGUCGAAUCAUUUUCGUCAGUGCCACCAUGCACUUCCGUGGCAUGCCCUUCCAGGCCCAUGUCUCCGUUGCCAAGGCUGGCAUUGACUCGUUGUCCAACUCGGUGGCCAUCGAGUACGGUCCUCGGGGAAUGACUUCUAACAUUGUGACUCCGGGACCUAUUGCGCAGACCGAGGGAAUCGAGCGUCUGCUGCCAUCUGACGCCAAGGCUGCCUACAAAAAGUCCCAGCCCUUGGGUCGCAUCGGCCACGUCCGUGAUAUUGCUGAUGCUACUAUCUAUCUCUUCUCCGAGGCUGGAAGCUAUGUCACUGGACAGACUCUUGUUGUCGACGGUGCCAACUGGCGCAUGAGCGGCGGCCUUGCUGCCAACGGUAACCUACAGUACCCCGACUUCCUUCUGUCCGGCCAGGAGGUGGCCAAUGUUACUGGCAAGAAGAAGUCGAAGCUUUGA